AUGGCUUCCAAUCUAUUGAAUUGGCCAAUGGGUUUAGCAUUCGAUUCAUCAAAUACACUAUAUGUUGCUGAAUAUUCUAACAAUAGAGUUCAAAAAUUUUUAUCAGGUACUGCGGAUACAUCAUCCAAUCAACUGAAUAUUACCUACGGUAUUGCACUUGAUCUAGGCUCCAACACACUUUAUGUAGCUGAUUACGGUAAUCAUCGAAUUAUGGCUUACAGUUCAUGUGCAUCUACAGGAAUUUUAGUUGCCGGAGGCAAUGGAAUACGAUUGAAUAAAACGCAGAUGUAUAAUCCAUCAACUAUUUAUUUUGAUUCUCUAUCGAUUAGUCUUACUAUAGCUAAUCGUUAUGCACAUAAUAUUGUCCGUUGGACGUUAGGUAAUACACAGUGGACACUAAUUAGUUGCUAG